GGAGGACCUGAACUUUGAGCUGGAGCUGUGUCUGAAGGUCUUGACUCGCAGGAUGAACGCCCUCCAGACUCUGUUUCUCUUGGCCACCGGCCUCUCUGUGGCCCUGUCUCAGCAUCGCGUAUCGCUCCUCGAUUUCAAGAACCAGAUAGAGUGCGGGAUGUACAGCCGGCCGGCUUGGUACUACGCUGACUACGGCUGCUGGUGUGGAAAGGGCGGCUCUGGCCUGACUGUGGACCGUUUGGACAGGUGCUGCAAAGCGCAUGACCUGUGUUGGCGUUUCGCCAUUAAUCACCCCCAAUGUAGGUUCAUAUUGGACCUCCCUUACUUCAGGUCCUACGACUACAGGUGUAACCCAGGAACUGGGGAGGUCACCUGUCUCGGGACCAACAACGAGUGUCAGGCGUUCAUCUGCGAGUGUGACAAAGGGGCCGCCAAUUGUUUUGCCACAUCGACUUAUGACAACCAGUACUGGAACUGGCCCAAAACCCGAUGUCAAAGACGAUCUUCUGUGUAAAGGUCUCUUUUUUUUUAAUCGCUGCUGUUGUCUCAGAAUCGACUUGGUGAUGAUUUAAUGAUGAGAAGAUGCUCAGCAUUCAGAUAAAUUGCUGUGUCAUUAAAUGAAAUGUGUUGUUGAGCCUUUGACUCGUGCUGGUUCAUGCACAUUUUCCAUUUUGAAAGAUAUUUGUAUUAAAGAUCCUGUCACAGUUCAAA